AUGCAUGUAAAACUGGUGGAGUACUCACGAUACCUUGCCUAUGAAUAUGGAAACCUGGUUAGGCAAGGGAUUUUCAAACAAGCUUCAGGAUCCAACAAUCGUGAACUUAAGAGGGAGCUACCUACUGGUCGCCAGGUUAUUCCAGAUCCUAUGCCAAGCUCUCUUUGUAUAACUCUAUCACACCCACAAGGUGUUUACAGUGCGGGUACCAGUGUUAGCGGUGCAGCGCAACUUGAUCUCACGGAACCGAUGAAGGCAUUUGCUCGCAGAACUCAAUGCUUUGCGCCAACGCUGCUUCCUCGUGACGACCUUGACAUUUCAUCAGCUAAUGAAAAAUUAACUGAUGAGAUCCCAAAACAACAUGUGCUACCUGCCGGCUCACACAAUUUUCCAUUCGCCUUCAAUUUACCAGAGAACUGUCCACCUAGCUUUGAAAGUGCGUACGGCUAUAUCCGAUACAUGGUAAAAGUGGAACUUGAUCGACCAUGGCGAUUUAAUAAAAAAGAAAGAAAACUAUUUACAGGCAAGCCUACUUUCAACUGA